CAUUUGGACAGAAACGUUCCGCGCGCGUCCGUGCAGGGAACCACGUGAGGCAGGGGCGCGUUUCCGGUGCCGGCGGCAGCUGCCAGAAUUGAAGUCCAAGCAGCUGGAGGGGGCCAUGGCCAACAGUGAGCGCACCUUCAUCGCCAUCAAGCCUGAUGGGGUCCAGCGGGGCCUCGUGGGAGACAUCAUCAAACGUUUUGAACAGAAAGGAUUCCGCCUUGUUGCUUUGAAAUUCAUGCAGGCUUCUGAAGACCUUCUCAAGGAACACUACAUUGACCUGAAGGACCGUCCAUUCUAUGCCGGUCUGGUGAAAUACAUGCAUUCAGGGCCAGUGGUUGCCAUGGUCUGGGAGGGUCUGAAUGUGGUAAAGACAGGCCGAGUGAUGCUUGGGGAGACCAACCCUGCUGAUUCCAAGCCUGGGACCAUCCGUGGGGACUUUUGCAUUCAAGUUGGCAGGAACAUUAUCCAUGGCAGUGAUUCUGUGGAGAGUGCAGAGAAGGAGAUUGGCUUGUGGUUUCAGCCUGAAGAACUGGUAGAUUACAAGAGCUGUGCCCAGGACUGGAUCUAUGAGUGACGUAAAGGCAGACCGCGGCGCUUUUCCCACUCCACUUGCCCUCUCUUCCACAGGCAGGGGACCAGGCUGUGGAAUAAGAUAGCUAUUUCCGGGGACUUAGUAUCUGGAGGAAAACUCUUGAAGCUGUGAGUGCUCCUUGUACAGUGUUAUGUGCUGCUAUCAAAUUAAAAUGUAUCAUCCCAAUUUGUUGAUUCACCGAGUUGGUGGUUUUAUAUUGCUGUAUUGCUUUGUAUUAUUAUCAUUUUUUCAUUUUCAUGUACUCUGUAUAACCUGAGGUAAUAGUGCAAAUAAUACAUAAAUUAUUUAUAACAGCCUGAGGGAUACAUACAGUGUUGCAUGUUUUGUACCCCCUUCCUCCCCCCACCCCAGUCCCAUCCACUCUUGGCACUGAGCCAGUCAACAGGCAUCUAUCCAUGAUGUGCUAGGUUGCCAAGACUGUACUCGGUGCAGAGAAUUCUUUAGAAAUAAAAAAAUUUCUGUUCUCAAGAAGCUCUCAGGGACUUAAGUGGAUGGGAAAGUGUGAGAAGUUGUAACUACUCUAAAAAUCAGAAAAGCUAUGUGGACUGUAGGCCUGGGUCCUUGGGAUGUCCUCAAAAGAAGCAGAAGAAAUCCUGUAAGUAGCUUUGAUUUCUUAAAGUAUUGAUUUGGCUGCUUUAACAGACAUAAGAUGGGAAUUUACUUCUCUUUUAUUUAAAAGUCCAAGCUGGUAGGUGGGGACGGGGGUGGGAGUGGUAAGGCUCUGAUUCUUGAGGUUGUCCAGGGACCCAGGUUCCUUCUUACCAGUCCAAGAUGGAUUACCACUCAAUGGCCACCAUCCAGCAAGUUGGGAAGGGAAAUGGAAGGGGCAUUUUCCUUUUAAGGGUACAACCCGGAAUUUACUACCUUUAUUUCCCCUCACAUCCUACUGGUCAGAAUGUGGUCACAUGGUUGUACCCAGCUACAAAAAAAAAAAAAAGAGAAACUGGAAAAUUUAG